GAAAGGGAUGGUGAUAAACUCAAUUCCUUUGAAUGAAUAUUGUUAGAUAAUUGGCGCUGUCAAGAAACACCCAAGAAAGAGGAAAUAACAAAAUAUCAUAAUUAUAAAAUUAUAAACACUCAGGUAUUUUGUACAGAAUUGAAAAAUUUAUAGGUUUUUGAAUGAGUAAGGUAUUGGAAAAAUGUAAAAAUCCCAAUAUAUAUAAAUAUUAAAUUAUUAUGAAUACAUCCUCAAAACCAUUUAUUAUCAGACACAUACAGUAGAACUAUUUGGUUUCAGCUGAUUCCUCUUCAUUCGACGCAAAUAUAGAGAAAAGAGCACAAUUUGUGCAAGGAGCAAACACUUUUAUUGCAGUCAUGUUGAGUUAUGACAGCAUAUAGCAUGGAUUCUAAUUUUUCCAAUAUUAUGAUAAGUGCUUGUCUUACGCUUACAUGAUAGGGGCAUUGCUAAUAGGGAAUAUAUUUUGGAUUUUGUGUUCAAUUUUUGGGUUUUAUUCGAUUGAUGCAAAGAAUUCAAAGAAAAUUCAAAGGUAUGAAGUAUGUGGGACUAGGGAUAUUAUUGGACAUUAUUGUCAGUUUUGA